AUGGAAAUAUCCACAGCCGACUAUAUCCGCUCAGAUCUCUGGUUCUCCGACGGGAACACGAUGAUUGUUGCCGGGCGGGCUCUGUUCAAGGUUCAUCGCGGACAGCUGGAACGCCACUCGGAAGUCUUUCGAGAUAUGUUUGCUCUGCCACAACCACCCUGUCAGGAAACGAUCGAAGGUUGCUUGCCGGUGGUGCUAUACGACUCGCCUUCGGACGUACUCUUCCUACUGCGAGCAUUAUAUGACGGCCUAUAUUUCAAGACGGCCAUAGCUCACGACUUCCAAGUCAUCUCAGCCGUACUUCGGCUCUCCAGUAAAUAUCUCAUUGGCCACCUCCGGCGGCACUGCAUAUCACGGCUCGAGGUAGACUGGCCUUCCUCCUUGCUUGGCUGGGAUCAUCGCGAGAAGAUGGCCACCGACCCAUCAACAGGGCGCUAUAAUCCGCGAGAGAUGUACGCCCACCCAAUCCUCGUCAUCAGCCUCGCGACGGAACUUGGGCUGGACCACCUCCUUCCCGCCGCUUAUUACGAUCUAUGCCGGUACGGCCCCAGCAAAAUCGCAUCGGGCGUCCCUCCCUCCAAUCCGGACUCGCCCAUCCUACUAUCGCGUAGAGAGCUGCUAUCGACGUUCCUCGGCCGCGAAGCCGGCCAGCGCUACAUCAUCACCUUCAUCCAGGACGAGCUCGCACACCGCCCACCCGCGCGCGACUGCUCCGCCUCCCCCAUCUCGGGAAACCACCCCUGCCUCGAGUCUUUCUACUUUAUCCAGCUGAACAUCCUGCGUUCCGUGGGCGGCAUCGCCGCGGGGCGCGACGGCGACCCGCUGUACACGCUCGCGCAGGCGGUGGAGAUGCUCUCACGGACGGAUUUCUCGGAUGGUGUGAAUCAGUGCGGGCUGAAGAUAUGCAAUGCGUGCCGUGCGGAGUUUAUGGUGUCGGUAAGGAAGUGUCGGGAGAGGGUGUGGAGCGAGGUCCCUGGGUGGUUUGGUCUCAUAAGGGAGGAACGCGUACGUAGUCUUGAGAUUUGA